CGUGCCGGAUCCUGGGCCGCCGAGGGGCGCGGAGACAGAGGGGAGGGGAGACAGCGGCAGCAUGGCGGCGGGGUGCGAGCCGCCCAGCCCUCUUCCCCGCUGUCGCCGCCGCCGUCGCCGCAGUCGCUGGGACCCUCUGGUCUGCGCGCGUUCGUUGUGAGCUCGCCUUCGGCCGGUCCGCACUCGCCUCAGCGGCCAUCCUUGCUCUCGCCGCCACUGCCAAGCCCGAGGGUCGUGCCCGCCCGGGAACUCACCGUCCCACCCCACCCACCACCAGCCCCGCGGCCCGGGACCAUGGAGGACGUGAAGCUGGAGUUCCCCUCGCUCCCGCAGUGUAAAGAAGAAGCCGAGGAAUGGACCUACCCUAUGAGGCGGGAGAUGCAGGAAAUUUUACCUGGAUUGUUCUUAGGCCCAUAUUCUUCUGCUAUGAAAAGCAAGCUACCUAUACUACAGAAACAUGGAAUAACCCAUAUAAUUUGCAUACGACAAAAUAUUGAAGCAAACUUUAUUAAACCAAACUUUCAACAAUUAUUUAGGUAUUUAGUCUUGGAUAUUGCAGAUAAUCCAGUUGAAAAUAUAAUACGUUUUUUUCCUAUGACUAAAGAAUUUAUUGAUGGGAGCUUACAAACUGGAGGGAAAGUUCUUGUCCAUGGAAAUGCAGGGAUCUCCAGAAGUGCUGCCUUUGUUAUUGCAUACCUUAUGGAAACGUUUGGAAUGAAGUACAGAGAUGCAUUUGCUUAUGUUCAAGAAAGAAGAUUUUGUAUUAAUCCUAAUGUUGGAUUUGUACAUCAACUUCAGGAAUAUGAAGCCAUCUAUCUAGCAAAAUUAACAAUACAGAUGAUGUCACCACUUCAGAUAGAAAGAUCAUUAUCUGUUCAUUCUGGAACUACAGGCAGUUUGAAGAGAACACAUGAAGAAGAUGAUGACUUUGGAAACAUGCAAGUGGCAACUGCACAGAAUGGUUGAAGCAAGAGGAACACUGUAGAGUGUGAAUUUCUGUUUGGAAAGAAGAAAAUAGUAGAGAUAAUAAUAACAUAAACUGGUAAAAACACAAGCAGUUUUUUUUGGUUAUAUGUUGCUUCCAGACAUGGUUCUCUGCAGUCUGUGAGCAGCGUGUGAAGAUGUGGGACUUCUGCUGUAGAUGGCACUGAUGGAUGGUUUUACUCCUUAAAAAAAAAAAAAAAAAAGAAAAAAACUUUACAGUUUUAUUAUAACCAAGAAUUUUGGACUUGCAAAGAGGUAUUAUUGCAAUAAUGCACUUUCAUACUUGAAAUUUGUUUGUAUGAUAUACUUAUUACUUUAAACAAAAUGCAAGUUAGGGGGGAUUUGUUUAUAAAAUCUGGGUAAUUUAUAAUGAGAAUUUCCUAAAAGUUUGCUAAAAAUUCAUUUUGUGUUCUAUAUAUUACAUUUUUAAGAUAACUUUUACAGUUCAGUUGUAGGGUGGAGCCUCUUACAGAAACAUUAACAAAAUGCAAGAUUCUGCCAUUUGCUUCUUUGUAAACUUCUUGUCCCUUAUUAACAAUCUUUAAAUCAUGACAUUAGCUAACUAUUGUUACUUUAACAAAAUCCAGUUAAUGAAUGCUUCCUUUCCUGUUAACCUUCCUGAUUUGUUUAUUCUAUAGAAAAAAAAUGAUGAAAGGAAGAUGUUGUGCUUUAUAGUAUCUGAUACUUUGUCAAAAACAAGGAUAUAGUAUUAGGUUUUUAAGUGAGUUUUCCUUUUUUUUUUUGUAAAAGCCAGUUGUUGUAUUUGUUCCUUUCAGAGUUGCCUAGCCCUUUUUUUCCUUGUCCAAAAUGGUUUUAAGGAGAAUAAACCAAUGUAGCAUUAUUUUUUCUAAAUGAAGCCCAAAAAAAAAAAGGAAAAGUGCCUUGCAUCAUUAAAAAAAAUUUUAAUCCUCAUGACCUCUAAAUUAAUAUGUGGAACAGUGAAAAGUUCUUUACAUUUUUCUGUAAUUUAUUUUCUUUUCAACCCAUUAGUUUAAAUUGAAAGCAUGGGGCUUGAAGAAACCUUAGUAAAUUAUUUGUAAUAUGGAACCAGUUACUCUUAUAUGUUGUCUAAAUGAUUCUGUGAGAUUGUUCCAGCUCAGACAAGCUUUUCUUGGAAGAUGCAUUUAUAGGGAAAAGUGAUUUGUGGGAGAUGUCAGUGUAUUUUAAAUUCAUGAUGUAAUUAGUUCUUUACAAUGAGUUAAUCCAAAUUUCCCCCAUAAUUUGCAUUAGCAAAGACACUUUGGAUCUUUUGUUCUGUUUUUAUUUAUAUGUAUAAAAUUGUUCUAAGAAAAACUGUUUUUGCUAUUUUAUGUAUGAGGUGAAGGAAGAAGAGUGUUUUUAACUUUUUAUAGUUGAUGACUUUAGCACAAACAGAACUCCAUGUAUCACUUUUCUCAGUCCUCUCUUGAGGUGCUUUACUGAAGGGAAUGAUAUUCACACAUUCCCUUAGUACCAAGAGGUACUACGCAAGGUAACCUAUUACACCAAGUUACUUGCUUUGCAUUCCUCCUAUAAUGUAAUAAUAGAGUAAAAGCUUUUUUAUCCAGCAUGGUAGGAGAAUGGGAAUUAAAAUUGUUCUGUUAAUUAAAGUUAAUUCCUAUUGACCCAGGUAGUUCCCUCUUCUGAUUUCCCUUCUAUCUCUCCGCCCUGAAACAUACUGUUAAUCGCAUUGUGGUCCAGUAUCCAGUUGUAUGAUUAAGUCAUUUGGUGUAGUGGUCUUGUGGAGUCAAGAUUGCAUUGGGUGUUCAAAAGUUCCAGUUGGUAAACUACCAGGUAACAUAAUUUUGCUGUAUAUAAAUAACUAUUGGAUAGGUCAGCAGACAUCUCUCAAUCUAGUAACUGAUGAUGCUUCAUAUUAUUAAGUUUCAGAAAUGAAGCAAUUAGCAGGAUUUUUUUGUUUUUUUUAUUU